CUGUGCGCGAGGACGGUCAGGUCUCAGAGCAGGCGCAGUGCUCAGAUCAGGAUCUCUCUCUUUCGUUCUCUCAUGCACAUUUUUUGGUGUUUUAUCCUGUAAAUGUGUUUUUAAUAAACGCAUUACAGUGCAUUCUAUCGGAUUUUAAUCCUGCACUCAUCAGAUAAAGCGUCGAAGGAGCGCCUUCUCCCGUCCUCUUCCAUUUUUUUGGCUUUUUUCCUUUUUUUUUUUUUUUUUUUUUUUGGGACCAAUACAAAAGGAAGCUUGUGUGACUGGAGCCCGGAUUCGCAUUACAUUCUGGAGUUUAAAAAAAAAAAAAAAGAAAGAAAUCUUCAGCAUCACACCCUGACAGCAGGCUUGUGUGCACGCGCGUUUGAUGUGGAGAUGUUUUUAUUCAUGCAUUAACGCAAAAUUCAGCCGCAAACUCAAAGGAAGCGUCAUUUUCCCUUCAUUUCCUUCAUUUCCUUUCUUUUUCCAGCUGAAGCCCUAUCCAGGCCUUUAACAGCUUGCAUUAUUCCAUCUAAACAACUACUGGGAUAUCAUCUGAAAUCUGAAAUCAGAGCUCGUGAGGCUGAAUUGCGUUGCGUAACUGGAAAACUUCACAAACUCGACUUUUUGUGCGUGUGCGCGCGCGCGCUCGUGUGUGCGCGUGUGAGCGAGUGGGGUUUUUUUUGGCCAUUUUGUUUUACACAAUCUGUGCAAUCGUUUAAAACUCUGAAAUUAAAGUGCUCCAUGGGUUCUCCGUCUCCGAGGCCCAGCUGACAGGACUUCAGCACCACUCCUUUUUCUUUUUGUUUCUGUUUUUUUUUUUUUUCUUUUCCUUCCUUUUUUAUUAUUAGGACAUGUGGGGGAUUUCUCCCUCCAUCAUGAGGCUCGUGUGGAGGAGUGUGACUGCUGUGUGGAUCCUGCUGCUCACAACACGGGCUGAUGAAGAGGUUUUAAUGAACACCAAGACGGAGACGUCGGAUCUGAAGUGGACCACUUACCCCCGGCCCUCCGGAUCCGAGGAGGCGAGCGGUCUGUGGGAGGAAGUGAGCGGUCUGGACGAGGAGAACAACAGCGUGCGGACGUAUCAGAUCUGUCAGAGCGACGGCUCGGCGAGUCACUGGCUGCGCAGUAAGCUGAUUGCGCGGCGCGGCGCCUCGCAGGUCUACGUGGAGCUGCGCUUCACCAUGAUCGAGUGCUCGUCUCGCACCACACACCACCGCUCCUGCAAAGAGACCUUCAACCUCUACUACUACGAGAGCGACACGGACGACGCCACACCCACACACCCCGCCUGGAUGGAGAACCCUUACGUCAAGGUGGACACGGUGGCAGCGGACUACCUGCUCCGCAAAGGAGGAGAGAAAAAGUUCAACGUGAAGACGCUGCGUCUGGGUCCUCUGAGCAAGCGCGGCUUUUAUUUAGCGUUCCAUGCUCAGGGAGCGUGCAUGGCCCUGCUCUCAGUGCGCGUCUUCUUCAAGAAGUGUCCUUCUCUCACGCGCUCGCUGUCCGUCUUCCCCGAGACAAUCCCGCGCUCUCUGGUGCAGGAGGCUGUGGGCAAGUGUGUGAGGAACGCCGCUUUGCUCGGACCCAAAGCGAGACCGCCGAAGAUGUUCUGCGCCGAGGACGGGCAGUGGGUGGAUCAGCCGAGCAGCAGCUGCACGUGUUCGCCGGGGUACGAGGCGGGAACGGGAGAGCUCGAGUGCAGGGCGUGUCCUGCGGGUCACUUUAAGUUGAUUCCCGGUGCCGGUCCGUGUUCUCCGUGUCCCGAGUCGAGUCACACGGGAGAGAUGGGAGCCGCCGCGUGUAUGUGUCGCCCGGAAUACCACCGCGCACCCACAGACACGCUGGACAUGCCCUGUACACGCCCACCCUCGCCCCCCCACAGCCUCUUCCCUCAGAUUAACGACACGUCGGUGACUCUGGAGUGGAGCGAGCCGGUGGACAGCGGCGGUCGCUCUGACCUCUCCUACAGCGUCGAGUGUCAAGUGUGUGUGACGUCCUCGUGCUCGCCGUGCGGCGACAGCGUGAGCUACCGACCCGCCCAGAGAGGCCUGAGCGGACGCACCGUCAGCGUCUGGGGGCUCCGCCCACACACUACCUACACCUUCACCGUCACCGCCCUCAACGGGGUUUCCCUGCUCAGCGGCCAGGGGCCGGCCUCGGAGAGCAUCAACAUCACCACCGGGCAACACAUUCCAGUGCUGGUUUCGGGGCUCAGGCAGAGCACAGCAACUGAAUCCAGUCUGACGUUACACUGGCCGAUCCCAACACACACUCACUACAGCAUCCUACAGUAUCAACUCCGCUACUGCGAGAAGCAGGAGCGUGGCGCAGAGGAACACUCAUGCCGUUAUAAGGAGAGCGUCAGCAAUCACGUGGUUCUGAGUGACCUCCGUAGGGCGACUCAGUACGAAGUGCAGAUCCGAGCUCGGACGCAGUCAGGAUACAGCAUCUUCAGCCAGGCCAAGUCCUUCAGAACGCUGCCUGAUGAAGACGUCUCCUCAUCGCCGCUGCUGGUCACCGGGAUUCUCGUCGCCGUGGGGAUGAUCCUGCUCAUCGCCGUCAUCGGCCUCGCCAUCUACUGCAUCCGCAAACAGAACCGUCUGAAGGAUCCAGAACUCAGUGAUAAAAAUGGCCAGUACCUCAUGGGCCAAGGAGUGAAGGUGUACAUCGAUCCGUUCACUUACGAGGACCCGAACGAGGCUGUGAGAGAGUUCGCUAAAGAGAUCGACGUCUCCUGCGUGAAGAUCGAGGAAGUGAUCGGAGCAGGUGAGUUUGGUGAGGUGUGUCGAGGUCGUCUCCGUGUUCCCGGUAAGAAGGAGAACUACGUGGCGAUUAAGACCCUGAAGGGCGGCUACACGGAUAAACAGAGGCGGGACUUCCUGUCCGAGGCGUCCAUCAUGGGCCAGUUCCACCAUCCCAACAUCAUCCACCUGGAGGGCAUCAUCACUGCCAGCUGCCCCGUCAUGAUCAUCACCGAGUUCAUGGAGAACGGAGCACUCGACUCCUUCCUCAGGCUGAACGACGGUCAGUUCACGCCGAUCCAGUUAGUGGGAAUGCUGCGUGGAAUAGCGAGCGGGAUGAAGUAUCUUUCGGAGAUGAGCUACGUCCAUCGGGAUCUGGCGGCUCGGAACAUUCUGGUCAACAGCAACCUGGUGUGUAAAGUGUCUGAUUUCGGGCUGAGCCGGUUCCUGCAGGAGAACUCCUCCGACCCCACGUACACUAGCUCACUGGGCGGUAAGAUCCCGAUUCGCUGGACGGCUCCCGAGGCCAUCGCGUUCCGCAAAUUCACCUCCGCCUCCGACGUGUGGAGCUACGGCAUCGUCAUGUGGGAGGUGAUGUCGUUUGGAGAGAGACCGUACUGGGACAUGAGCAACCAGGACGUUAUCAACGCUAUAGAGCAGGACUAUCGUUUGCCGCCGCCCCCUGAAUGCCCCUCCCACCUCCACCAGCUGAUGCUGGACUGCUGGCAGAAAGAGCGAACGGCUCGCCCCAGGUUCUCCAACAUCGUCUCCGCCCUCGACAAGCUGAUCCGCAACCCCGUCUCCCUCAAAAUCACCGCUCACGAUGGAGCAGGUCCGUCUCACCCUCUCCUGGACCAGCGUUCCGCUCUCUCCUCCUGCAGCUCGGUGGCUGAGUGGCUCAGGGCCAUAAAGAUGGAGCGCUAUGAGGAGAGCUUCAUACAGGCAGGAUACACAUCCAUCCAACUACUGACUCACAUCAACGCCGAGGAUCUGUUGCGGUUGGGCGUGACUCUCGCCGGCCAUCAGAAGAAAAUCCUCUCCAGCAUUCAAGCUCUUCGAUUCCAGAACAAGAGUCCCAAUAACAUCCUCUACUGACUGACACACACACUCACACGGACAUCUGCAAAAUAAACCCACACACACACACACACACACACACACGUUUAUAGACUCAGCUCUUCCUGUGACGUGGACCAAUCAGGACUUUGUUUGCCGUCCAAUCAGGAGCUGUAUCAGGACGUCAGAAAAUGGCUUCCAAGUGACUUUAAAGGUUUAAAAGACGCUAUGAUGCGAGUUCCCGAAUCGCCGCGGCAACAGCACGGCGUUUUUUUAAUGGCGAACGUCACGAAGGAUGAGAGGAGAAAAGAAAAAGUGCCAUAUUUUGGCGUGACCGUGCCGAGCGGAGGACUUCCACGCCGUGUUACGUUUUCAGAGUAUUUUUCUAACGGAGUGGGAGUGUGUGUGUGUGUGUGUGUGUGUGUGUGUGUGUGUGUGUGUGUGUGUGUUUUAUCGGCGAGAGACUUAACGAGGAUUAAACGAGGAGGAACAGCGAGAACCGUGUUUCAGCCCUACUGGGACAGCGGCGGUUCUCCACGGGGGAACCAAGCGGGGGAACUCCCUCUGUUCUCUCUUCUGUCUUUACACACGUCACACUCGGGGGAUUUGAUUUCUUUUCAGUAUCUGCAGUGUGUGCUGUGAAAAAUCACACACACACACACACACACACACACACACACCUCACAUCACCUAGACGUCUCCUAGACGACUGUUUGAUUCUGAUUUAUUAUUAACGCCGGAAAUAGAAUCUGGUCACACAGACUGUAGUCUGUUUACACGUUUUCACACGUAUCCUGUUUGGAUUACGUCCUUUCUGUGAUUAAUCCAGAUUAUACGUGUAGGGUGGUCAGUUAUUCCGAGGUUUUACACACACACACACACACACACACACACACACACACACGAGCGGUGUUUGAAUGUAUUAAUCAGUCGUUUCUCAUUUCACCUCUCAUUUCUAUUGGUGUAUCCCCGCCUCCAAAUGAUCACAUGACCACGUAGAGCAGCGGGUCUCAAAAUGGGGUCCGUGAUUUUAUUAUAUUAUUUCCUUUUUUCAAUUUUGUUACAUUUUUUCAUUUGUUAUAUUUAGGGGUCCAAGCACCAAAGUCACCUCGGACCUAACGUGUUUCCACCUAAUGGGUGGAAAAUUCAAGAAUUAGAGAAAGCUCUGUGGCUCUGAAAAAGACGAUUAGAAGAAUCUCAGUAAUGCGUUUAGGCAAUAAAUCCGUACUGAGGGGGUCCGUGGAAUUUAUUUUACAGAUAACGGGGUCUUUGGUCUCGUUAAAGAGUCUGAGAUGCGCUUUAUGAUUGAGUGUGAUCAGUAUUCUACACCAGAAUCAAAAUCAGGGUUAUGUUCAUAAUAAUCAGAACGAGAUUUUUUUUAUUUUUUUUUUUAAAACAUGAACAGAACAGGCUUGAUGUUUUUUUUUUUUUUUUUUUCCAGUUUAUCCUUUACAUGAUGUAUAAAUGUUUGAAUCGCAAUACGAGCGCUCUUUAAUCGCAGUGAUUGAGCAUUAAUUAAUGUUUUAAAUGCUGCCCAUAAACUCUGAAUGCAUUAAUUGAUUAAUAAAUAAAUAAAUAAAUAAGUCAAUAAAUGGCGCCAAAUCCACUUGUUAAUUAAAACUGUUAGUGUUUAUUACGUUUCCAGUAUUUAACCAAUUAGAAAACUUUUUCAAAACAAUAUCACACUCGAUUGUGUUUAUUUGAAAAGCUAAAAAAAAUAAUCACGAUAUUUAUAUUACGAUUAAUUAAUCAGGCCUGUGAGUGUGAUGCAGUUCGUCCCGUCGCAGUUUUACACACAUCCGGAUGCAAACGUUUUAUUCCAGGUGUCCAGUAGGGCUUCAGGAAGUGUGUGUGUGUGUGUGUGUGUGUUUGUGUGUGCGCGAGUGUGAGUGUGAGAGAGUGUGUGUGUGUGUGUGUGUGUGAGUGAGAGAGAGAGAAAGAGAUGAGUGAGGUGUUAGCACUUGAUCAUAUUUUAUUCAGGCGUAACGACGGACAGCGUCGGAUAUCGUCACCACACACACACACACACACACACACACACACACACACACACACACAGAAAGCUUUUCCUCUCGUAAGCAGAACGUCUUGAUUUAAAAACUAUUCCACUUCAGUGACCUUUGACCCCAGGCGGGCGACCCGGUGUGGGUUUCUGGGGAGGAGGAAGAGUCGGAUCUUCACAUUGGAGAUCUGUUUUAAACAAAAGCAGGGAGACGAUUAUUAUUAUAAUAAUAAUUAUUAUUGUUGUUGUGUUUAUUAUUAUUAUAAUUAUGCCUUUGUUUUCUUUUGAUGUAUAGGAAUAUACAUUUUUAUGUAAAUGAGUUUUAAUUCCUCCUUCAGUGUAACCUGUGUUUCUGUCCCAACAAUAAACCAUUUACACACACACACUCACUCACA